AGGGGAGGGAGGAUGAGAGGGAUCUGGAGCCCAGAGGAGGAAGCUGCUCUCAACUCCACACUUUGGCAGAUGUAAGUGGGCAGAUAUCCACUGCUGGGAAAUCUGAGAUGAACACCUCUCUGUGAUAACCUGGCAGUGAGCAGAAAAGUGGAAAGUAAGGACUGAUUAACAUAGCAUGGCAAAGAAGAAUCUGAGGAACACUCAGAAGUAAAGCUUAUCUAUACUGACCUGCUGGACCAAUGCAGAUGAACAAGAGUAUGAAUGGACUGCCGUGCUGUUGACGGAACUGAGUGGACAGCUGGUCAGGAGCUUCCGCCGCUCAACACCGUAGUGUAAACCCUCUCCACGGAUCCAGAUUCUCCCAGCAUGAGUCCAGCCAGGAAUACGUGUGUGCUUCUCACUCUCCUGUCAGUGGUCUACUGCCCAGCUGCAGCGCGGCGAGUGGAAAGAGCCCAUGCUGAGGAGAGGCUGCUGAAGACGCUCUUCACUCGUUACAACAAGUUCUCCCGGCCGGUGGCCAACACGUCUGACGUGGUGCUGGUGCACUUUGGCCUCUCCAUUGCUCAGCUGAUUGAUGUGGAUGAGAAGAACCAAAUGAUGACCACUAAUGUCUGGGUGAAACAAGAAUGGAACGAUUAUAAGCUCCGCUGGAAUCCACACGAGUACGAAAAUGUCACCUCCAUCCGCAUCCCUUCAGAAAUCAUCUGGAGGCCUGACAUCGUACUUUAUAAUAAUGCUGAUGGAGAUUUUGCAGUGACUCACCUGACAAAGGCUCACCUUUUCUACGAUGGAAAGAUCAAGUGGAUGCCUCCAGCAAUCUACAAAAGCUCCUGCAGCAUUGAUGUCACCUUCUUCCCCUUUGACCAGCAGAACUGUAAGAUGAAGUUUGGCUCUUGGACAUAUGACCGUGCCAAGAUAGACCUGAUAAGCAUCACCAGCAAUGUGGACCAGAUGGAUUACUGGGAGAGCGGGGAGUGGGUGAUUAUCAACGCCGUGGGGAAGUACAACAGUAAGAAGUAUGAGUGCUGCACCGAGAUCUACCCAGACAUCACCUACUCCUUCAUCAUUCGUCGGCUGCCACUCUUCUACACGAUCAACCUCAUCAUCCCCUGCCUCCUCAUCUCCUGUCUGACCGUCCUGGUGUUUUACCUGCCGUCUGACUGCGGUGAGAAAAUCACACUCUGCAUCUCCGUUCUGCUCUCGCUCACUGUGUUCCUGCUGCUCAUCACGGAGAUCAUCCCCUCCACAUCACUGGUCAUCCCGCUCAUUGGCGAGUACCUUCUGUUCACCAUGAUCUUCGUGACUCUCUCGAUCAUCAUCACCGUCUUCGUGCUAAACGUGCAUCAUCGGUCGCCACGGACGCAUGGCAUGCCACACUGGGUGCGUUGGGUGUUCCUCGACUUUGUGCCCCGCUUCCUGUUCAUGAAGCGCCCACCAGCCACUGGCAAACAAAACUGUCGCAAGCUGAUCGAGAUGAUGCACAAGACUGCCAGUGUUUCCCAGUCUGUGCGGCAGGGGCAAUCCUUCCUAGCCAGCCACUUGGACAGCCCAGAGAUUCGGGACCAGGGUCCCAUGUCACACCCCCUAAUGGAGCAGCACAAGCAAGAGGACGAGCCCCAGCCUAGAGUUGUUUUCCAAAGGUCUUCAUCCAGCCAGUACUCCAUCCUUCAUGAGGAGCUGCUCAAGCUGGGCCUCACCACAGCCUCCUCCAACUCCCCUUCCUCUUCCUCCUCCACCCUUCCCCCUACAUCUGGACCAUUACUCCGUCACCUCCCCCUCCAUACUGAGAAUCAGGGCUGGGCACUUCCUUCCAAGGCUCGCUCAAUGCAGCACAUGUUUGAGGAAGAUGGGAGGGAGUCCCAAACCCAGAGGGCCUCAAGACACUACCAUUCAUGCAACUUCCAGUAUGACAGCCUGGACAGGGAGUACACCGCUGCGAAGAAAGGGACAGGAGAGUGCCUGGAGGAAGAACCAUUCAAGCACCAGCUGCAUUGUAACUUUAAUACGACACAUGCUGGCUUACCAAAACAAGAGGCCCAGCCAGCAGUCCUGAAUCUGAUCACCACCAUGUCCCCUUCCAUGAAGCAGGCCAUAGAGGGAGUGCAGUACAUUGCUGACCACCUUCGGGCAGAGGAUGCUGACUUCUCUGUGAGAGAAGACUGGAAAUAUGUGGCGAUGGUCAUAGACCGCAUUUUCCUGUGGAUGUUCAUCUUGGUAUGCAUCCUGGGAACUGUUGGACUUUUUCUACCUCCUUGGUUGGCCGGAAUGAUCUGACAGAUGCCUAAAUUAACUUAGGUCACCUUUUGUUUUUAUUCUUGCUUUGGCAAAUUUAUUUGUGGGCAAGGUGUGAUGUUACGGAUGUCCCUUGAGUUUACAGUCUAGAUCAGAUGAAGGAUAGCCUUUCAUAACCAUUCUUUUGCAUAAAAAAAGUCAUCUGUGAGCCUUUUGUAAACAGAGGUCAAAGAAGGAACACAUGAUCUGUAUGAGCUCAAGUACACAAACACAAUGUUCUGUAUAUUCUGCAAUUCUGCAAUAGUUUGAAUAUUCUUCAAUGGCAGAUGAUUAUCUGUUGACAGAAAUGUAAUGCUAAAAACACUAGUACAUAACUUUCAAUGUGGGUAUUUUACCCCUCCUGGAUUUAAUUACAUCUUAAAGUAAUACUUGGUGCCUCAAAGUAAUGCUAAGCCACACACACGCACGCACGCACGCACGCACGCACGCACGCACGCACGCACACACACACACACACACACACACAAUUAUAAGCUACACUUUCCACAUACACUGAACAACAUGAUCAUGUAUGGAAAAGGCAGUUUAAUUCACUGCAAAUAAUGAAAUGAUGAUUAAAAGGCAAACUGCAAGCCUGGGAAUUGAGAAAAUUAUUUGGCUAAUGCCCGGUGGAAAUAAAAUAGUACUCUCUGGGAUUGUUGUAAAUGUUUAUGAGAUACAGUUGUAGAGAAAGGUUCUGAUUCAACACAUUCCAUUGCUUUUAUGUGGCCAGUACCCAACGAUAGUUUAGCUAUUUAUUGUUUUAUCUGGGUAAAGACCCCAUAAGGUUACACAACAUUUAUUUUACUUGUCACAUUUAAAUUCUCCUAGUUUAUGUAAUCCUAGUUUCUAUGCCACUUUGAGAACAAAAUGUACCUUACCAGAUAAAAAUGUAUCUAUUGAUGUAUCUGUACUUGUUACUGGUAUCUGUUGAUGUAUCUGCAUAAUGUAGAAGAGGCUAAUUGAAAACACACAUACAACACAGCAACGAGCCAAAAUUUAAGCAUUAUAAAUAGGCUUUGAAUUAAAAGAUGAUAUAACCCUGUGUCAAGAGAAGAAUCAAUGUACUCACAGAAGUCUUAGGAUGGCACAAACUAGAUUAAUCUCUUACCAGAGCAGUUUUAGUCUGUGUAUAAUUGAAAGUACUGAGUGCUAAGGUUUUUCAUUAUCAAUGGGGUGUAGCAAUUUAACAAAAAAAAAUCUCUAGGCUGCUAAGAUGUGUUCCUAUUUGUUGAAAGACUGAGCUAUCAGAACUGUUGACAUUGUUCUGGACGGUUCAUUCCUCCACUACAUAUCACUUUCGGUGCCUGUGGGUGGAUUUGGUUGAUGAAGCACUGGGUGGUCACAAUUGUUUUGUCUGGCUCAUUAGUAACAGGCAUGACUGUGCACUAGUUUUUCUAAAGCACAGGCUAUAACAAAACUGGGGAUAAAACAUUAUUCUACAGGCAGCUCAGGCAGAGAAAUGGGCAGCCCUCAGAGCUAUGGCAUUUCCAUAAACGGCUACCCAACAUUUGUUGUUCUAUUUUCACCAUGAACGAUUUUGUGUUACAAUCUUAGAUACCCACAGAUUUCCACAUUGAUGUAAAUGUGAGUCUUUUCACAACUUUCAACCUAAAUGCAUUGGAUGACCUAUCCAUGGCUAUAAUCCUUAUCAUAUUUCAUACAAAAACACCAAGAUACAUUUUGUUUUGAUGUGAAAUAUCAGCUUUUUGCUCCCUGGACAUGGUCACUAAAGUAAUUUUCCUGAAUGAUAUUUUGAAAUAUUCAUAGCAACUCUUAUGUCCUAGGCUAUGUGCAUGUGUGGUAUUUAUACAAAGGGCCAAACCAUUUGAGGUGAUUGAGAGUGCAACCUACACUCUGUGAAUCUGAGAGUGCAGUUACUCACUCGGCCUGAUUUUUCAGUUUUGACCCCAGUAUUUUGCAAUCAGUUUAUAGGGCUGCUUACAACCAUGGCCAAAAACUGUAUGACAUCCUAGCUUUGUAUGAGUGUUAAUGCAUGCCAUGAUAAUACAUACAAGUGGUUGUAAAACGGAAUUUUGCCUUUGUGAAUAUGCUAAUUUGACAGCUAUCGGGUAGCUCUUUUGUUUCCAUAUGUCAUAUGUCUCUGGUUUAGUGCCCUUGUAAUGCAGAAAAUACAGCAGAUGUUGCAAAGGUAACCAUUUUCGGAAGGCCGCUAGAUCAAGCACUAAGCAGAGGUUUAGUCUCUUAGAAUCAAGACACUAUCACUCUUAUAACACAUCGUAUCACACAUACUUAAAGGUAUUGGACAACCACAUGCACAUAGCAAAGCUACUCUUUACUGAUGCCCAUAAACUGUUUUACUGGCUUUGUGUUUUAAUGGACCAAUUUGAAGGGACUUGUAAGAAGUAAUGUGUGUUAGUUUUCUCACACAGCCACUGUUACCCUGCCACAGGGUAAUGUGUGGUGAAGUAAGUCCUCAAAGGAGAGCUGUAUAAUUCAGAUUUAGAGGAGACAACCUCAGUUUUAAGUGCAGUCAAACAGCGCAGAAGUGGUCCUGUUCCUGGCCAUCAUACUUUCAGUGCACAGAUUGAAUUUCACUUGUCUCA